CGAAAGGCUGCUCGAGACCUCGAGAGCUCCUCGAGACAUGAGAGUUCAGUUAGUUGAAGGCCACGAAGAUGCUGCAACAGUACAUGUACUAGUAGGAGAUUGGAUUGCACAACAAUGGCGACGACUUUGUGGAUAUCGCUUAGCUUGGUGGCUGCCAUACUCCUCCUUGUUGACCCAAGUUUGGCAGCCUCCAGUAGGAACAGCGAGAGAAAGGAUGCAGAUGGCAAAAAGACAAAGCAUGGUCUCCCUAGUAGUAGACCACGACGACGAGUCCAGCAACGCUGCGUGUCAAGAGGAUGGCAGAAUGUCUCUGAUGACCGCUCUAAUGGCGGUGAUUAUGAAGGAUUGCUUGCUCUGUUCCAGGCAACGCUUCCAGAGUACACUCAAGACAGCCUCCAAGAUGAAAAUUCCCCUCCCAGUCAAGCCUUGAGGUGGCUGGCUUUGCACCCUUAUUUGUCCACUAUGGAGCCGAGGAGGAGAACACAAUCGUUUGCCAUGGCGACGCUUUACUUCUCCAUGCAGGGUCUAUACUGGCCGGAUGAUGCUCAGCAAUGCUGGUUGGCAUUCAAUAUCUCCGAAUGCGAUUGGAAUGGCAUGGAUUGGUGUGACGAUGGAAGAAUCGUUCCAUGAUUUAUCUACAAAAAAAUCUGCAACAACCACAACUCCAGCCAAGCAUUCCUCCGGAAGUGAGCCUCUUGACCGGGCUUCGCAGUGUUGCCAUUCAAAACAGCGACAUGAAUGUGUCAUUGAGUCAAUCCAUGCCAUGGCAGCUCCUUCAAGACUUGACAAAGCUGUCUGCCAUUGAUAUUCGAGGAAAUCAUCAUUUGCAUGGCACAAUUCCGACUGAAAUCGGCAGGAUGAGUCUGCAACGCCUUCAUCUUGGAAACAAUCAACUCUCGGGAGACCUGAAAAGUCAACUUGGAUUGCUGACGAACCUGGUUUGGCUGAGUGUCGGCGACAAUGGAGGGAUUUCAGGCACGAUUCCCACCGAGUAUGGGAUGCUGUCGCGGUGUGAACAAUUGCAGCUGAGAUCCAACAAUAUUACAGGACAGCUGCCAACGGAAUUAGGUAUCAUGACAAGCUUGGUUUCUCUCGGUCUGGGUGAUAAUUCUCUCUCAGGAAUGGCGGUUCCUUCGGAAAUUGCCAUGCUUUCGAAUCUCCAAACCUUGAAUCUGUACAACAACUCCAUCACGCAUGUUCCCCACCAGCUGACGUUGCUGACGAACUUGAUGCAUCUGCAUCUCAAUGACAAUCAACUCUCGGGAAACCUCCCGACGUAUCUAUCCGACUUGACAAGUUUGAGGGUUUUGACAGUUGGACACAACUUCUUUGCAGGGACACUUCCUGUUGGCUUGGCCAAUCUAAACAGAACUCUAGAGAGUCUCGAACUGGAGGGGAACAAUUUUCAUGGAGGAAUUCCAUCCGAAUAUGGCGCCCUUUCUUUAUUGGAGACACUACGAAUCAAUCACAACUCGCUGUCUGCAGGUGUGCCCACUGAAAUCGGCGAAUUGACUCGGCUAUGGAGGUUGAAUUUGGCACACAACAACAUGACAGGUACCAUCCCUACCGAGCUCAUGGCCAUCCCGACACUGUCACGGCUCUAUCUCUCCGACAAUUUGCUAUCGGGACCACUUCCGACUGAGCUGGGCAAGCUGCGGCAUUUAACCGUAUUGGAUCUCUCUCACAAUCUGUUGUCAUCGGUUCCCAGUGAGAUUGGGUUGCUGACUAACAAUUUGGUCUCGGUAGACAUCUCCUCCAACCAACAUCUCUCUGGACCGCUCGAGCAGUUCGGGCUCUUGGUCGGCACGGGCACCCUAGCCUUUCUGAACAUCAGCGGCACCAUGUUGUCUGGGACCAUCCCAGAGGACCUGUGCUUCCUACGGAACCAAUAUUGCAGCUUUGGUGGCCCAAGUUUCAGCUCCAUCAGUUGCAUUCUCGACUUUGAUUGUACCGCUAGCCUGUGUGGAUGCGAUUGUACCUGCGGCAUCGGAGUGGGCAUUGAACGGAUCUCAUCAUCGACCACCACCACCACCACCACCACCACCACCACCACCGCGCAUAAAGGGAAGGACAUGAACGAUGAAAACCUAGCAACCAAAUUCAACCCACACAGUGGUCCCACUUCAAGGCCUUCUUCUGUUUCGAGAAUCCAUCCAGAUGCAAGAAUUUGUCCUAUGAUGAUUGUUUGGUUACUGUGGCUGGUUCCCGCAAUAUUUGACUGAGAAUGUGACUCAACAUGAAAACAAAAGAGAUACACCCAACAACAAUUUUGCCAUUCCUGACUACUAAAACAUGGAGGAAUCUGUACAUCCAUUCGCAUGUGGAGCUGUUUCAAAAUCAAAUCCAGUGCAACAAGCCCCAGGCGAACUCAGGGACCAACAACUAUUACUCCAGGACCUACUCCUCCGCCCACAAUGGGGAUGGUAACCAAUAUGGUACUCAACUAGAGGUUCCGUGAAAUGCACCCAUGGAUAGCACCACGGCAAUCAGCGCCGUACGCCUCCUCAGCAGGACCAUCCAAGCCCUCCAAGAUGUCCCAAGUAUUCCCCAGGGGAGCACCAGCAUCUACUCCAACAUGUGGAACCCUGGACCAACUCCCACCACUGGUACUGCUGGCCCAAACACCCACCACAAAUAAUGGGACGGUACUCCUGGACCCACACCCUACAACUGAUACUCCAGGGCCAACACCAACUUGUGUUACUCCAGGCCCAACACCCAUAAUAUGGAUUAAGGAUUCUCAUUUAGAUUCAGUCUA